CGUCAUCGGACCGACACCGACUAGGGACUCUAAAACCGACUAAAGACAUAAACAACAACGUUAAAUAAUAAUUUGUUGUGCAUUGUUUCUUUUACUUUACUGUUUCUUCAUGAAUAACGAUAUGGCAUCAAUCGAAAAAGUAAAGAUUCUUAUAGUUGGUGAUUCAGGAGUUGGUAAAUCCUCUUUGGUGCAUCUAAUAUGUCAUGGCGAGGCAAUCACAAAUCCUUCGUGGACUAUAGGCUGCUCUGUAGAAUAAGUUAUCAUUCGGUCUCCAGCUGAGCUACUUCGUAUUCCCUGCUGACAAGUGCUAAAAAGCAAGAAAAUGCAGUCCUCGGAUGGAAUGACUGAACUGCUUCAUGAAUUCAAAGAAGGUACUCCUUCCCAAAAAACAUAUUUUGUGGAACUUUGGGAUAUUGGUGGUUCUAGUAGUCACAGAAACAGCAGGACUAUGUUUUAUAAUUCUUUUCAUGGCAUUAUUUUAGUGCACGAUUUGACAAAUCGUAAAUCUAAACAGAAUCUAAGAAAAUGGCUUGCUGAAGUUUUGUCAAAGGAAGGUACGGGCAAAAAGAACAAUGGAUGGUAUAACUAUGAUUCAGAGCAAUUUGUGGACAAUCAAUUUCCAAUAUUAGUUAUUGGAACUAAACAAGAUUUAAUGAUGGCAGUCUAUCCUCCUGGAAGAACAAAACGUACUUCAUCUAUUGCAGAUGAAUGUGGGGCUGAUGAAAUUUAUGUGGACUGCAGACACCAACGAUCUUUUGCACCGGGAUCUAGUAAUGCAGUGAAACUUAGCAGAUACUUAGACAAAGUAAUUGAAAAGAAAUAUCACAAUCAAGGAAGUGUGCAUGUUUUGGAUCGAAGAAGAAUAGCAUCUCAUGCUAACAAACAAUCUCACAUGGAUUAAAAUAUAAAGUGAUGGACAGGAGAAAUUUAGUAUGUUGUAAGAAGAAUGUGUCAUUGCAGGACAUGAUCUGAAGUUACUUUUCAAGUUUGAGCUUGUUUUUUUUUUUUUUUUUUUUUUUUUCAAUGAACCAAUAUAUUUUUUCAAGCAAAUCUUUAUUCCCCAUUACUUGUG